UCAAACAAACCAAAGGCAGAGAGAAGAGUAAAGAGAUAACACACCAACAAAACAAAAAUGGCAUCAACCUCACUCCUCAAGGCAUCUCCAGUGUUGGACAAAUCCGAGUGGGUCAAGGGCCAACGCGUUCUCUUCCGUCAGCCUUCUUCCGCCUCCCUCGUCCUCCCCAACCGUGCCACCUCCCUCACCGUCCGUGCCGCUUCUUCCUACGCCGAUGAGCUUGUUAAGACAGCGAAAACAAUUGCGUCUCCGGGACGUGGAAUCUUGGCCAUGGACGAGUCGAACGCGACUUGCGGGAAGCGUUUGGACUCGAUAGGGCUAGAGAACACUGAGGCAAACCGUCAAGCGUACAGGACAUUGCUUGUCUCUGCACCAGGUCUUGGACAGUACAUCUCUGGAGCAAUCCUGUUCGAGGAGACUUUGUAUCAGUCUACCACCGAAGGCAAGAAAAUUGUCGACGUCCUCAUCGAGCAGAACAUUGUCCCUGGUAUCAAAGUUGACAAGGGUUUGGUGCCACUUGUUGGAUCUAACAAUGAGUCAUGGUGCCAAGGACUUGAUGGUCUAUCCUCUCGUACCGCUGCUUACUACCAACAGGGUGCUCGUUUCGCUAAAUGGCGUACUGUGGUGAGCAUUCCCAACGGUCCAUCUGCUCUAGCUGUGAAAGAAGCUGCUUGGGGACUUGCUCGAUACGCUGCCAUUUCACAAGACAGUGGAUUGGUUCCAAUUGUGGAGCCAGAGAUCUUGUUGGACGGAGAACACGACAUUGACAGGACUUACGAAGUUGCUGAGAAGGUUUGGGCUGAGGUUUUCUUUUACCUUGCUCAGAACAAUGUCAUGUUUGAAGGUAUCCUCCUUAAGCCGAGCAUGGUGACUCCAGGAGCCGAGUCUAAAGACAGAGCUACUCCUGAACAAGUUGCCGCCUACACCCUUAAGCUCCUCCACAACAGAAUCCCUCCUGCCGUCCCUGGAAUCAUGUUCUUGUCCGGAGGACAGUCUGAGUUGGAGGCAACUUUGAACCUGAACGCCAUGAACCAGGCACCAAACCCAUGGCACGUGUCCUUCUCCUACGCACGUGCUCUGCAGAACACUUGUCUGAAGACAUGGGGAGGCAGAGCUGAGAACGUGAACGCAGCUCAGACAGUGCUCUUGGCUCGUGCCAAGGCCAACUCUUUGGCUCAGCUUGGAAAGUACACCGGAGAAGGAGAGUCUGCAGAUGCUAAGGAGGGUAUGUUCGUCAAAGGCUACACCUAUUGAAGAGAUCAUGAUGCUGUGAAAGGAGACGAAACAAAUGUUUUGACUGCAUUUGUUUGAGUUUGGUUGUUAUUAUUAUCCUGUUAAAAUCAUUUACUUUCUCUACUAAAUUUGCAUUAGCUACUCCUUUUAAAUAAGCUUUAAUAUAUUGAAGUUAUCUAUCU